AGGCCCAAACCCUCUCGUGAAGUCUCGAAACAACGGGAGUGAAAAAAAAAAAGAAGAAAAAGCAUAAACCCUUCUCUCAGGCUCUCACCAGUCUCGCACCAUCACCGGAUUCGCCGCCGCCGCCGCCGCCAAUGGCCGCUCCGCCGGCGCAGGCGGUGAGGCUCCGGCUGGUGUUCGACAACCGGCGCCUCCUCCGGCGGUCGCAGAGGGAGAGCGGCCUCCGCCGCUGCUGGCUCCUCCUCCCCACGGAGCUGGCCACCAUGGCUGACCUCGCCGCACACAUCGCGACCCGGUUCCGCCUCCGCCGCUCCUGUUCCCGUUGCGUAAUCCUCUCGAUGGAUGGAUUUACCUUACCACCGUUUGAGUCCACUUGUAUCUUCAGAAACAAUGAUAUCGUAAGGGUAAAACAGAAGAUUUCCAAGAAGAUAGCACAACAUAAUGAUGGGCACUGUAUUGAAGAUCCUGAGGUAGUAGAAAAGCAGCCACUUCGAAUCGAUGAUGAAAUGCUCACAAUUGAAUAUGAGAAGGAUGAUGAUAGCAAUCAACAAGAUGUUCAAUAUAAUCAUCAGAAUGGAGACAACACAACCUCUCACUUCAAUACACAAAAUGGCAAUAAAAUUUUGAAGAGGAAAUGUCAAGAUGGAGAAAGAGAAACACCUGGGACCUCAAGAAAGAAGAAACUCAAGGUGACAAACACUGGAAAGCACACAGGUUGCAGUAAUGAGGAUAAAGCUCACCAAGAUCAGGAUCGUUGUGGUUCCAAAAAGUUGAAGUCGCCAUCUACCGAUGAUGCCAACAAGGUGAUGCAAGCUGAAGCCACUGUUACCUUGGAGAAAGAGCAGAAACCAGAGAGGGACAACCAAAGCAAGUUGAAUAAUGAAACAAAGGAGGCUGAAUGUAACACUCAGGGUGAUACUAAAAAGGUAUCCAGAAGUGCUCGGCGUAAGAAAUUCAAAAGACAACUUAGACAGAAAGCUAAAGAACAAUUGAAAGAGAAAGUGCAGUGUCAAGAGCAACAAAUUGUGGCUGAUUGUCCGUCAUCAAACAAACGAGAUGUCUCGCUGUCCCCAUCAAGAAAUCAAAACAACUCGAGUUUGCCAUUUGUAAGACAAGAAGCAGAUGAGGAAGAAUCUGAUACAUCGGAUGAUAUUGUUCCAGUUGUGGUUAGGCCUGGUCACAUUCGCUUUGAGUCACCAGGUACGGGACCAGAUAAGUCGCCGGUCAAGGAAGUGCAGACAACUUUUCAGUGGAGCGGAACUACAAGCAAAAAGAAGGGUCAGAAGUGGGGAAUGAACAACUCAAACAAGAAAAACUCUGAUGCCAACUAUCAUGGCAGGAUAACUGGAACUGAAACUGAAGUUAAUUUCCAUGCGGCUGUCAAUAAGACUAAUGAUAAUGAUUUUGGUGUGACCAAUAAUCAAAAGGUUGGUGAGAGCAGUCAUGCUGGAUCAGCAAGUGAAAAAACUGUUGCUGAGAAAGGGAAGUCUAGCAGUGAACCUUUAGAUUUUGAGAGCCUGUACCCCUUAACACGACUUCCAAAGGAGGGAGAUCUGAUUGUUUAUCGGUUGGUUGAACUGUCUUCCACAUGGUGUCCAGAGCUUUCUUCAUACCGUGUUGGUAAAGUUCUUAUAUAUGAUCACAUAUCUUUGAGGAUCAUUCUCCUACCUGUUACUGAGUAUCCGUUCACUGCUGGAGAAAAAAUUGGUGAAGACAAGUCAGAGAUGCUGGAGGACAUGUCGCCUUACAAUGAAGAUGGUUCAUUGGAGAUAGAGUACGCUUCCCUUCUUGAUGUAAGACUACUCAAGGACACCGAUUCAGUACAGUCAGCUGUUACUACUCCCCUGAAAGAAACAAGCACUAAAGGUGGAUCCCUUGUCCAAAAGCCAGCUAAUAAUGUAGAUAAUUCUAAAGGUAAAAUUCACAGCCAAAACUUGCCAAAUUACAGCAAAGAUCCAGAAGCAAUACAAGAGAAAACACGAAAGACGAUCUGGGAGGAAAAUGGCGAGGCCUCAAAUGACGAGCCUGCUGUUCAGGAAAAUGGCUGGGGAGCUUGGACACCAAAUGCCAGUACAUCCGCUUGGUCAUAUAGAGCACUAAGGAGCAGUGCCAUUGGUCCAACAGUUGCAUUUUUGAGAGGGAACAAUACUAAGAGGGGUAGACCUUACAAUCGAAAGUAUGGUAAGUGAGGUAGGUGUACGACUGAGAAAGUGUAAGCAGUUGUGUUGUAGCUGGCCUGUUCUUUUGUAGCCAACCAUGUGGUGUAAUGUUGGGCUAAACUAGGAUGACCAUUUUUACUGCUGUUCAUGGCGAUGUGGGACCUGAACCUAGGCACCUUAGCCCUUAGGCCGUAGAAAUGAUUUCUUAAGCUGUUGGGCUCUUGACAUUUGUGUGAAAAUAGAGUUCAACAAGUCUGUUAAAGAUAAGUGCCAUUAGGCACUUGGUUGGGCAAAUGACACUAGAAGAACUAGAGGCGCCAAUGGGCUUGUUAGCGGCAAAUACAUUGCAUCAUACUUUGCUUACAAGCUACGGCCGAAGGGAACUUAUACUAACCAUCUUGCUUGUAGAUUGCUGCCUUUAACUGCAGACAAAAUAAUCUUUUGGUCAUCUACUUUCGGCCAGCGUGUUAGCUCAGAUGAUAUGAAGAGCGCAAAAUGUAGCUAUUAUAUGCCCUUUUAAUCA